AACAGUUACCCUGAAAUACCCUAAGCGGGAUGGUGGUUCGCUUAGUUUAAAUAUAUUCUUCCAUUUGUAAGAAAAGCAUGGAAAGCUAGUUUACUAAAAUGUGAUAUAUAUUUCUCUUCUUCAAAAUGUUAAAGAAUAAUAUUUUGUGAUGUGUCAGUGCUCUCUGAAUUUUUUAUUAAAUUCGAGAAUUAGUGCAACGAUAUAUGUGUGUGUUGCACUCUACUCGAACACGUAUAUUAAAUGAUCAAUUGAAAUAAUGUUUGUUUGAAGUUAAACAUUUUCAUUCUUAAAAUGGUGGAUUACAAUAGUUACAAAAUGUCAACGAGCGAGGAGGAUUUUGAGCAACAAGCUCAUCCAGGAAUGACCAAAGCCGAGCUCAGAAGGAAUAAUAAACCAAUUAUGGAAAAAAGGAGACGGGCACGUAUUAAUCAAUGUCUCGACGAAUUGAAGAAUCUUAUUCUCGAAGCAUUGAAGAAAGACCCGACAAGACACUCGAAGCUCGAGAAAGCCGAUAUUCUCGAAAUGACGGUGAAGCACUUACAGACAGUACAGCGUCAACAAUUGAGUACUGCAAUUGCAACAGACCCAGCGGUACUAACGAAAUUCCGUUCCGGAUUUUCCGAAUGUGCUACGGAAGUAUCGCGGUACGUCAGCAACCUAGAGAACGUCGAUCCUGCCGUGAAGCAGCGUCUACUCUCACACCUAAACAAUUACGUUAGUAAUCUCCAGCAAAUAGGACCGUUCUAUGGCCACUACGUGCCCUACAUGCCGGAACGUCUCUAUCCGGAGGUAAAGGUCGGCUACCAUAGCGAAGUAGCCAAUGGGGAUGAGAAUAACAACUCUAGCACCAGGAUACAGAUACCAAACGGCGUUCAGUUGAUACCUAGCAGACUUCCGACAGGGGAGCUCGCUCUACUAGUCCCACAAUCAGCAGCGAUUUCUUCAAACUUUUCUUUUUUCCCACAUCCCUCAGAAUCAAUAUCCAGAACGAUAGCAUCAUCGGCUUUCUCAUCGGUACAUAGAAUACAUAGUCCACUUGACAGUCCAUCAACGUCCACCUCUAGCUACGGAGAAGAGAAUCAUCAUUUGGAAUGUUAUCCUCAAAUACAUCAACAGCCGAAGUUCAAGAUACCCGAACAAAGUUCUGGCAGUGGUAAAAGUUUUACCAGUUCGCCAGACACUCAAAAAGCUCAGAUUACUUCUAGUAGCGAUAGAAAAUCGCCAAUAUCAUCGACCUCGUUUGACUAUAAAUCCGAAGUAAAUGGUAAUCUUAAAAAAGAACCGAUUUAUAAUUUUUCUGAACAGAUAGAUUGCAUAGCCUCGACGAGUUUAAGGCAACCACUUUCAGUUAUUACUGAUAAGACUUAUAAUCGUCCGUGCACAUCGUUAAGUAACAAGGAUAUCAAAAGACAUCCUUCGGAUAGAUUACUCGUAAUCCCUGAGAAGAAACAAAAGUUACAGGAUGAUACUCCGUCGUCAUCCGUAACGUUGGACGAUAAGAGAAAUGAAAAUAGUCAUGACAUUUCCGCCGAGGAUCGAACAACAAAUGCAUCUUCGACAAGUUCCAAUACAAGUCGUUCUAAUGCAAAUUCUUCACAAGGUUUUUCUAACACUGCUGGUCCAUCCUCGUCUAAUGCUGAUAUGUGGAGACCAUGGUAAUCGAUCUCGUUAAUUUGAAGAAGAUUGAAGCGAAAUUUGGUUUUUUUGUGAUCUAUUUUUAUAAUGUUCUUUUAGAAAAAGCAUCAUAAGAAUCUUACGAUAUUAAAAAAAUGCUUUGACGAAAAAUCAAUG